UUCCAAUUAAGUGUAAAUACCAAAGAUGUCUAGCUUUGCAAACUUCAAAUUCUUAUCAGUCCUGGGCAAAGGUUCUUACUCACAGGUGUAUAAGGUGCGACGAAAAUUAGAGAAUAGUGCAGACAAUCAGCAAAUAUAUGCACUGAAGAAAGUUUACAUGAAUAAUCUCACUGAAAAAGAGAGAGCGAAUGCACUUAAUGAGGUUAGGCUUUUAGCCUCUAUUCGACAUCCUAAUAUUAUCUCAUACAAGGAAGCUUUUAUUGAUGAAAGCACGUCCUGUCUUUGUGUGGUCAUGGAAUAUGCAGAUAAAGGUGACGCAUUUCAGUUGCUGAAUGAUCACCAAAAUGAAGGUCAGUAUUUUAAAGAGAAACAAAUUUGGACUAUUUUGAUACAAGCCACUCAUGGCCUCCAACAUUUACAUGAAAUGUCUAUACUUCACAGAGACCUAAAAUGAGCAAACUUAUUCCUAUUCAAAAAUGGAGACGUUAAAAUAGGAGAUCUCAAUGUUUCCAAGGUAGCUCGAGCUGGGCUGAGUUAUACCCAGACUGGAACUCCUUAUUAUGCAAGUCCUGAGGUCUGGAAUGAUCUCCCUUAUGACUCUAAAUCUGAUAUUUGGUCAUUAGGUAUCGUAAUGUACGAGAUCACAGCACUCCAUCUACCCUUUCAAGCCAAGAGCAUGGAUGGCCUUUAUGAUACUGUCAGAAAAGGAGAGUAUGAACCGAUCCCAAAAUGAUUUUCAGUUGGGUUGAGCAGAGUUAUAUCAGCUAUGCUUCAGCUUAAUCCAGAAAACCGACCUUCAUGUCAACAACUAAUGUCUUCCAACUUAUUCUCGAAAUGGAUGAAUAAAAUUGACCCUGACAAUCUUUAUUGUACAGAAUCUACAAGAUGUUUCAGCUUGAACAGGACUUCAAUCUCAGAUAUCAGUAAUGAGCUGAUAGAUACCAUCAAGGUAUCAAGGGAUUUACGUAUUCAGGAGAAUUACCUACCAAAACCAAACUAUGAAGAUUCCUUUAUUACUCUAAAACCUUCAAUAUAAAAAUUAAAAAAGUGAAAACUAAGAAACCGACCAGAGAUGAAACGCCUAAAAAGCCUUUUUUUGAAGAUGCCCCGCUACAGGCCAAGCACAAGGGGACAAGUAGAAAUGACUUGAAGAAGCCAUGAUCUCACAAAAACAGUGUAUUGGCUAACAACAAAGAGCUGAAAAAGUAUUUGAAAGGUAUCCCGAAAUAUAAGGGUUUGUCAUCCCUCAAAGUAAAAUUAGAGAUGAAAGAGAAAAAUUACUCCUCUGUGGAGUCCCGAAGGGAGACUUUUGGAGAACCCCAAGGGCAGGGUAUCACAUAUCGGGAAGAAAGUUCUCCUUCAAUGCUUGAAAAACAUAACAAAAAUACCUUAUCUAUUCCUUCAAUCAAAAACCAGAAGAAAGGGAAUUUGCCUAAAAUUAAGAGUGCUCUGAAGAUACAUAAGAAGCAUUACGAAGAAAUUGCAAAGCGUUUUAUGAACCUCACUCCUGAGCAUAAAGUCACAAAAGGAAAGAAGGAAAUCAGAGCAAAAGUCAUGGACUCUUUGAUAAAAAGAGAUGUGAUGCUAACGCCUCAACAGAUAAAGCUUAAGGUACCAUGUAAUGAGAAUAAUCGAAGAAAGGCUCUACUUCCUUCUAUCAAUACACGGAAGAGUAUCCAACUUUCGACUUAUGAGCACAAGCCGCGGAAGAAUAUUGACCAUCACAGUCUUGAAAUCACUUCUUGAAACCGGCCAAAGAACGCUCGAUAUAAAAAUGAAACCCAACGGAGGUUAUCAAAGAUGCUGAAUAAACUAAGUCAUGAAGUGAGGAACCAACCUUUGCAGUUGAGUAAAGCACGGAUUUGCAGGAAUAUUUACAAGUCAAGGGACAGGCUUUCUCUGGAGCCAGCGAAUAUGUCACUUUCAAAGUAUCUGAAAGAGUAGUUUCAACGAAAUUUU